AUGAAAUGUGUGCUCAAAGGUGUAGAAGAGGCUGCGACAAACUUUUUGUCGCUUCCGUGCCGAGCAGAUCUGGAGGUAAACAGUGUGAAAGCUGGUCAGGCAGUUCCCACGCGACCUGCAUCGCGACGAACAGAAGACGACUACGGUAUGAAGGAGUCUAUUCGAAGAGAAGGAAACUUGGGUCAUCAAAUCGCCAUCUCGGACAAGGAACGCUGCUCCGUGUCUUCGUGGAAAGGAAUAUCGAGAAAAUGUUGUUCAAGCAGACUCACAACGUAUACGAAAAGAAGAAGCAGAAUAAUGCCUUCGUUCUUCCGCACACUUUCAUCGAGGUUUCGUCGUCCACCUCGCGAGGAGAACGACCCCAAGCGGCAUGAUAGUAUCCGCGUAGACAGCCGUCGACAAAUUAGCUGCAAAAUACUCCUGCUUGAUGGAACGGACCUCAACGUUGUUGUAACGAAAAACGCUUUGGCAUCAGAAGUGUACGAACAAGUUUUCUACUCCUUGGACUUGGAGGAGAGAGAUUACUUUGGAUUGCAAUUCACUGAUCAUUAUCAUGUUCAACACUGGCUAGACCCUCUGAAAAAACUGAUCAAACAAGUCCCCAUAGGACCUCCUUUCACUUUCCGGUUUCGGGUGAAAUUCUACACAGCCGAACCUAGUAGCAACCUGAAGGAAGAGCUCACGAGAUAUCAGUUCUUUCUGCAACUCAAGCAAGAUGUGCUUUCUGGUCGACUCCCAUGCAGUAAAGCGGUUGCUGUUGAGCUGGCCGCAUACGCUUUGCAGUCUGAGUUAGGCGAUUACAAUCCAAAAGAGCACUGUGCUCUAUUCAUCUCCGAGUUUCGAUUCCAUCCUGAACAAGAUGCUCAAAUGGAAGUCGAGAUUUUAGAGCGGUACAAACUAUGCAGAGGUCAAACUCCCGCUCAAGCAGAGGCUAAUUUCUUGAAUCGAGCAAAAUGGCUGGAACUUUAUGGUGUUGAUAUGCACACCGUUGAGGGCAAGGAUGGCAAUCAGUAUUCACUUGGUCUGACACCUUCAGGAAUGUUGGUCUUUGAUGGUGCGGAAAAGAUCGGACUUUUCUCUUGGGAGAAGAUCCAAAAGCUCGACUUCAAAAACCGCAAAAUCACAUUAGUAGUCGAAGAGGAUGCAGAUAAGUCGGCAACGGGACAGGUCCAGCUACACACGUUUGUUUUCAACCUUACCUCUCACAAAGCGUGCAAACAUCUAUGGAAAUGUGCUAUCGAACAUCAUACCUUCUUUCGACUGAAGACGCGUUCAUGCGUCAAACAUUCCCGGUCACAACUAUUCCGCCUAGGCAGCACUUUCAAAUACCGAGGUCGCACAGAGUACGAAACGGUUCACAAAGACGGCGCUCGUUUGUCGCGAAGAGCAACUUCAACAUUUGAAAGAAGACCGAGCCAACGAUAUGGACCGCGACAAAGCCACGCAGUUAAUGCUCAACAGCGCAAAUCCGAUGUUGCUAGAGAAGUGUUAGUCGAAUCUGCUGUUGCCAAGCCCAAAAGCUCCUCAUUGCCAGUUGAUCAGCUGGUUAGUCACCUUACUGUGGGCGAUGAAAAUGACAAAAUGCUCGUCACUCCUGCUGUUCCAACAGCUUCCGCAACCUCAACAGGCACUGGAUCAGUUCCAAUAUCGCGAAUUGCUUCCGCUGUCUCGUAUUCAAGCUCCAUCCUCAAAAGGGAAAGUGACAAUAUUGCCAGUCAUAUUCAAGUGCAACCAACUGUGGCUGUUCCUCCAACACUACCUUCUCAUCAUAUCACAAUGAUUCCCAUCUCCACAAUGAAAGAGAAGAGUCCUUCUCCUAUGGAAGAGAAGUUUUGUCAAUUCUCUGACACGUUGACGGAACCGCCCACUUUACGCUCUUCGAGCAGAAUUCCGAAGUACGUGCCGUUGUCCUCGGAAAAAGACCGAGUAAAUGAAACAGGGAUGAAACCACAGUCUUCUACAGCAGUUUCACCUCCACUUUUGAAACAAACAGAUAAGGGCGAUCUUGCAACGGAUCUUGAAAACGUUUCGCCUACUUCACUCACAACUUCCCUCUCUAACCAGAAGUCGAAACCUAACACUGGUAUCCCGAGACCUUCAAAAUUACGCCUUCCCGUUGUAAAACAAAAAGCACACGAAACUAAUAAUCAACAGCAGGAGCCUCGGAUAUCUCGAAUUCCGAAAAUGUCAGAUGGGUUCGGACUGCGAGCAACAAACAACGGGUUAAGCUCAUCCUUCGGAACGACUCACAUCCCAAUCAAAACUGGACUUGACAGAUCAUCGCAGAGUCGGCUCAUUACAGAUUUGUAG